AUGGACGAUCUAAGAUGGGCAUUUCAACAAUGGUUUUUCAAAUACCCAAGCCCCAUUGAUUAUGAGAAAGUCAACGCAAGGAUCACGGAAUUUCAUUCUUUCAUCCUUCAAAUCACACUACUGUAUGGUUUUAUAUUGCAGAUAUCAACAAUAUUAAAGCAUAACACCAAGCAACAAAGAAGGCAGACGAUAAUACCAAAAGCAGUCGACAACACCGCACUAACGAAAGCAGACGACACCGCACUCAUAAAAGCAGACGACACCAUCGCACUAACAAAAGCAGACAGCACCACACUAACAAAAGCAGACGAUACUACUGCUCACACUGAUGCAUUCGGGACUUCUAAGGGUGCCACUGCAUUGGUCGGAUCAUUAAACACAGCCAGUGUGUAUGCAGUUGGUCCUAUAAGCAGUGUGCUGACCAACAGAUUUGGCUGUAGACCAGUGGUAUUAAUGGGGGGCAUAAUUUCCUCUAUUGGUCUCGGCACAAGCGCAUUUGCCACGAACAUUUACCAUUUGUACAUUACAUUCGGUAUCAUAACAGGAAGUGGGUUGGGGCUAGCGUAUCUCCCAGCUAUGGUGAUAAUUAACCAACAUUUUGACAAGAAAAAGACAUUUGCCUUUGGGAUUGCAGUAGCUGGUGUAGGAUGCGGUUCAUUUAUAUACCCGCCAUUGAUCGAGUUCCUCAAUAAGGAAUACGGUUGGCGUGGGGCUUUGACCAUAUUGUCAGCCAUUGGAUUGAACAUCUGUGCAUGCGGUGCAUUUAUGCGUCCAUUUAGAAAUAACCCAACACUGAAAAUAAAAAAGGAACAUAACAUGACAAAAGAGGAAAAACUUUUUAACUUUUCCAUAUUUAAAUCGUUGGAUUUUGAUAUAUUAUGCUAUAAUAAUGUAGCAAUGUGUUUUGGAAUGUCUGUAGUGUACUCGCACCUGUCGGAAUACUCCUUACUAAUGGGUAUAGGUGGUAACGAAAGUUUCAUGUUGUUCUCUGUUAUUGGAAUUACAAAUCUCGCUGGACGAUUUAUUUUUGGAGCAAUUGGCCACCAUCCAUUAACAGAUGAAGUGCUACUUUAUAUAUGCACAUUUAUUAUAAGUGGUGCAGUUACAUUAGCUGUGCCUCUUCUAACCCAAUAUGGGGCGCUUCUUGCAUACUCUGCAACAUUUGGGUUUUUCAGCGCAUCAUAUGGAGUACUUUUACCAGGAAUGAUUUGUGAAUUCUUAGGAGCCAGUGAAUUAGCCAGUGGUCUUGGUGCGAUUCUUCCAUUUUGCGCAUUAGGAACCAUGCUUGGCGGUCCAGCCGCUGGUUUUUUGUACGACAGCCUUCACUCGUAUAGCUGGUCUUUCAUUGUUGGAGGCGGCGUUAUUGUUACUAGUGCAAUAAGCAUAAUUGUGCCAUUUUGGCGCAAAAAGCACCUUAAAGUAGUUAUGGAACUAACAAAGAAUAAUCCUGAUAACCUUCAUGAAAUUGAAUCAAAUAUUAUUCCAACCCCGAUAGAUAACUGUGAACUUGAUAUUCUUGAUGCUGAAACGGAAGAGAGUGACAACCUCUUAAAGGUUGAUGGCCGUUUUGUGCCUACCGUUGUUGAUGUUUGAUCAAGGACAUGAAAUCCAUGGUCUGAUACGGUGUUAUACACAUUGAUGUUGCGUCAUUCUUGUCACUAUUUUUAUUCUGCAUUAUCGACCUUUCUUUUAUACACUGUAAGUCUUUAAAUUAUCCCCAGUGUCAACCAAAUUUAUUGAAAGCAUUUAUUUCACUAUAAAUCUCUAUUUAUUAAAAAUUGAUGUUUCUUCAGGUUGAACAAAACAUAGUCUCCAAAGUCAAAACUAUUUUUCAAGAAAUAACACAGGAGGCGAAAAGUGAUUUUCAAAAAUGACUCAAAAAUGAAGCUAUGUAACCUUUAUGUUCACAUAGUGAUCUAAACAUUUAGCAUGCAAAAAGUUCAAAAAUUCAAUUUUCGAUGUAAAUUGUUUUGUUUGUUAAUCUAUUACUAAAUGUAGAUAUCCUGAA